AAAGAGAAAAUAUGGCGUCAAGGGUGGAGAUAAUCUCAGAUGAAAUGAUUAAGCCUUCAUCUCCAACUCCAACUCAUCUCAGAAUCCUCAAACUCUCACUCCUAGACCAAAUCUCACCUCCCAUUUAUGUUCCCCUCAUUUUCUUCUACAACCAUCUCCAAAAUCUCAGCCGCCACCAAAUCUCGACGCUGCUCAAACAAUCUCUCUCCAAUACCCUUACUGAUUUCUACCCCUUGGCAGGGAGGAUUCACGAUAACUCAUCCAUCAACUGCAACGAUCAAGGCGCCGAGUUCGUCGAGGCUCGUGUUCACACCUCACUAUCAGAAAUCAUACAAAAUCCAAACAUGGAAGAGCUCAAGAAACUCCAGACAUCACAAGGAGAAGACGAGAAGGUGAUGCUAAGAGUGAAGAUUUGUUUCUUCGACUGCGGAGAGAUUUCCGUCGCUAUAUGCAUCUCACACAAAAUUGCCGACGGAACGUCCCUCGUUGCGUUCGCCAAUGCAUGGGCCGCUGCAACCCGCGGCGAAACUCCAGAUUUCCAGCCGUCGUUCAAUUUCUCUUCCGUUUUCCCACCAAGAGACCUCUCCGCGCUGGAAUCCACCCAGAGAGUCGGCAUUACGCAGGAGAAAAUCGUGACGAAGAGAUUGGUUUUCGGCAAGGAAGAGCUGGCGAAGCUUAAGAUUGACAGCGGAUCGCAAGUGAAGAAUAUUCCGACUAGAGUCGAAGCUGUCUCUUCCUACAUCUGGCGACGCUUUAUAAAAGCGAAAGACGGAACCAGAACGACGUCGUUUGCUGCAGUUCAUGCAGUGAACCUGAGGCAGAGAAAGAGUCCGCCGUUUUCGCAGCACAUGUUUGGAAACUGCUGGAGACCUGCGAUUGCAUUGUCGAGAGCGGAGGCGAGUGAGGCCGAGCUGGUGGGGAAAUUGAGGGGUGCCAUAACGAGAAUGGAUGGGGAUUUUAUUGGACAGAUUGAGAAUGGAGAGUAUUUGAAUGUGCUGAGUAGGACAGUUGAUAUGUUCAUCAAGGGUGGGGUGGAGUUCAGCAAUUUUAGCAGCUGGUGUAGGUUUCCGGUGUACGAGGUUGAUUUCGGGUGGGGGAAGCCGGUUUGGGUUUGCACGACCACGAUGCCGUUCAAGAAUUUAGUGAUUUUGAUGAGCACACCAUGUGGUGAAGGAAUUGAAGCAUGGGUUAAUAUUGUCGAAGAAGAUUUGAAAAUGUUUGAACAAAGCCAACAACUAGUGAUCCACUGAAGUGAGUCUAUAUAUUGUAGUAGUAUUAAUGAGUGUGUCAGUGUGUGUGACAAAGUGAGAAGAAGUGGUAUGUAUUGAGAUUGUUUAUUCAACGGAGUAGUAUUUUGUUAUAUG